CCUAUAGGCACUGUCUAAAGAUGCAGAAAUGAAGCAGACAUGGCGGACGAUCAAACUUCAUGUUGGAGUCGCCUAUGGUAUCUUCAGGAACGUUUAAAGCAAGAACGGCUGUUUGUCAACAAAGAAAAAACUGAAAUAUCUAAUCUAAACAUAGAGAUACAGUCGAGCUGCGAAAGACUUUAUCACUUGUCAUGGAUUACCCGGCAACAGUGGAAAAUUGUACAAAGAGUACGGGCUUCACCUGAAGAUUGCAGCCAGGCGGUGAACAGGUUGGAUUCUGCCCGCUUUGUUGACGCUUCUAGACACCUUGGCUACUUAGAGUCAAAGUACUGGGAAUUUCUGAAAGGACUAAGGGAGAAUCCUGCCCUAGUGGCGUCGACUUUGACAUAUGCAGACAAAGUCAAUUUGGACACCUCUCAGCUGAUUCGUCUGUUGUUGAAUUCUCUGUAUGGAAACUGUUUGCUUCCGCAAGACGAGAGUUACGUUUUGCUGCUAAUGAAGCACCUCAUUGAGCUGAAAAUCACAGGAGACGAGCAGCCUGGAGAAUUCUUUAAGCAUAAAAGGAAUUCGUUUACGUCGUUGUUCGAGAUUUUAGUGGAGAGCUUGUUCUCUGCGAAGUUGUAUUUGACAGCGGCAUUGCACGCUCCUAUAAUGCAAGUUCUUUCGGAGGAUUCACUGCUUAAAAAGAGACUGCCUCUAAAGUGUACUAAAUUUGUUGAAAGCCUGAAAGCGAAACUCUACUGCUUCCCUCAAAGUUUACGCUGGUUAGUGUGUCAAUUUUCGAAACUUCUUUCUUCAACUGGUAAUGUCAACGACAAGGACGUGCGCUCGAUGGUGUUGAAAUUAUUGUUUGAUUUCCUUGUGUGUCCGGCCAUAAUAAGGCCCGAACAGUUUGGCAUCACCUCUGAUGUACAAAUCAGUGAAAUAGCCUCCCAGAACUUACAGCAGAUAGCUUCUUGUUUGCUCAAUUGUUGUUUCUCUGAAGGUGAUAAAAACCCAAGAUCAUCGCACAUGUUUUCGAGAAUUGAUACACAUUGUGUGGCAUCGUUUUUAGAUGCCAUAUUACAAAGCCAGGAAGAAAUUUCAGAUGUUCCAAUCCAGCAGUCACUUCCUGGCCUUUGCCGUAACUCAGUUCUUAUAACUGAAAAUGAGCUGCACUCCUUGACAAGCUUUCUAAGGAUGGUUGAUCACAGUGAAGAUCACAGAGACAUUGUCAACAAUAAAGAAUUAAAAGAGUUACUGGAUAACCUGCCACCCCAACCUGACCCCCCAGAACCCUCAACCCCGGAGGUGUCAAAAGAUGUUUGUCCUGCACCUUCCAACCUUGAUUCUCAAACAGGUAGUCCAAAAACACCCAAAAAACGACGCCCCUUUAAAGGCAAGAAAGAAAAGGAACCUCGCAAGCAAAGUCUGGGUGAGGCUCAAUCCACAGAAAUUGAACCAGCUAAGGUGAUCAAGCAGUUUAAUCCUUUAGCGGUUGUCAGCAAAUCAGAGGAGUUCAAAAUGGAGUUUCUCAGAAGAAUACCACUGAUGUUGCAGGAGGAUGAAGAUGUUUUAGUGAUUUCUCUGGGUUAUUCUGCAAUUGAAUGUCCUGGCAUGGAGUCUGAGGAAAAGGUACUUGGCAUCAAAAAGCCAAAGAAUGAGGCAGAUUCUAGCAAAAGUUUCAGACCAAGAAGUAGCUCUUCCACGUUCUAUAAGCACCUUUUUCCUGAAAAGCCAGUGACAAAGGAAGAUCAUUCUAAUGAUAAAAGCAGUGAUGAAGACACACAAAAUGGUAAUGAUCCAACAACUGAUCCUGGUAAUCUUCAGCCAGCUACAUGUGACAUUGAUUCAAGUCAUGGUGAUCACAUUGCUGAUUAAAUAGGACUUGAUAAAGAGGUUACACCUGGAACAGAUUGCAUUGAUUUCCUACACAGCAAUUCAGAGACAAAUACAUGUACGCAUGCAACACAAGAUGUUGAAGCAAAAGGAAAUGCAGAAAUUGGACACCCUGACAAUGUUGAUCUAAUUGAUUUUGGAAGUGACAGUCCACCUCCUCUCCCUUCAGUUCCUGGAGAUGCAAUUGAUAACCAAGCUGUGAAGAGACAGUCACCCAUUGCCUUUGAUCACCAGGUGGCUGGAAACCGAGACAGUGCCAUUAGUAGUGGUGGCAGCACACGUACAAGCUGCAUCAGUAGUACAAGCACUCGGAGCAGUGGAAUUGAAUUCACUAAAGAUUGCAUCGUAGUUGACAGUGGCCAUGGUGAUAUUGCAGAAGAGGGUUCUGAAUCGGAUCUCUCUGGCCUUGAACACUUAGCUGCACCUGAUGAUAAUUUUAGAAAGCGCACAAGUGUUAUAAAUGACCAGGAAAAAAGACAAAGUAAGCUUAGCAGUCGUGGAAGCACAAGUAGUGGAACAAUCACUGGCUUUCAAGGAGAGGGUUCCAACCGUGACAGCCAAGCAAGCUUCUUGAGUUUCGAUGCAGAGUUUCCACCUCGAAGUGGAUCUUCUAGUACAGCUGAUGAUGAACAUGAGUGGCCACCUAGAGAGAAGAAGCCCUCUCGUGGAUCUUCAUUAAGACGGCAUUUCAGAGGGAGGAAAAAGACCAAAGGAAAGGGUUCUUUUGAUGGUGAGGAUAAUCUGAAUGACGAGCAAAGUGGGAAGAAAGAGAAAGGAUUCUUUGGAAUGAUCAGGACAGGACUCUCUAAAGACAAGAUGAAGGCAAGUGGAUCAAAAGUGUACAAGGAAUUGGCAGAGAAAACACUUGAUGCUUUUGAUAUCACUGACAGGAUGGCACACCCUGAGGUGGAGGAAAAAACACCCAAAGACAUUGUAUCAGACCUUGAUAAAAUAUUAGAAAAAUACAAGAACAAGGCACAUGCUCAAGGUGGAGAAAGUAAAUUGGAUGAAGUUCAAGAUGAAAACGAUAAUGACCAAAGUGAGGAAGAUGACGAUGUUGUUGAUGAAGAUGAGAAGUUUGAAAACUCUAAGAGGAAACUUAGACUGGUGCUCUGUCAAGCUGACUUCCAGAAUCUUCCACUGCUUCAUCCUGACAAUAGAUUGCCAGAAAAAAGGGCAUAUGCCAAAAAACCUGGCGGGGAGCUGCUUACAUUCCUCCAUGUGCAACUUGCUGAGGCAAUUAAUCUUCAGGACAGAUCCCUGUCUGCUCAGUUACACGAGACAAUAAGAAGUGUCAAAGACCUCCAACCUGGAAGCUUUGCUAAACUGUUAGAAUCCUUAGAGGAGGAGUACAAGGCACGCACUCCAUACCUCGCCUACCUGGUCAAUGCACAUCAAGGCCUACUGGCAACGCAUGCUCACUUGGAGAGAUUAGUCGAAAGGAUAGAAAGGGACAAAAUUAUCUGCCAAAACUACUUAAUCAUGAACUGUGUAAAGCUGUUUCUGGAGCCAAAGGAGAAAGAAGAGAUCAAUAAAUUCAGCUCUGAAUUUCAAGCCUCACCUACACCAGAUGACAAGUGUGCGUUACUUGAGGAUUUUUUGAAAACAUUAGCUGAAGAGAUGGAAAGACAUCCAAUCUGGUCAGGUGUCAGUGAGGAGCAAUUCCAGGACACUUUAGAAGCAACUGAACGAGCCAUCAUGAGCAGUAUCUACAAAUGUGCCUUUUACCCGAAUGGCGAGAUUGACAUGGAAAGAGAUAGAACAUUUCAUGAGCACGUGAACAAUCUACAGAGGGUUAUUCACCCUAACCACAAGGCUGUGCGAGUGCCCAAGAAAUAUCGCAAAGAAGCACCCUGGGAAUCAGCUCAGAAGGAACUGCUAGCAAUCAAUGCUUACAAGACGCCCACGGACAAACUAAAGUGUGUGAGGCGGUGUUGCGGUACCAUUAUGAACUUGCUGUGUUUGGCAAGCGAGACGAGUGCACCUGGGGCCGAUGAAUUCGUGCCUGUUUUGGUGUACGUGGUGAUUCACGCCAAUCCUCCAGGCCUGCUAUCCACCAUGCAAUAUGUCACUAACUUCUAUGACAAGAGGCUCAGUGGCGAGGAAGCUUAUUAUUGGAUGCAAUUUUGUGCAGCCAUUGCGUUCAUCAAAACAUUAAGGUCUGGCUCCAACUGAACGCUGACAAGUUCAGUCGUUAGCGAAGGGUUCGCCGCAAUUCAAAUGUUUGACCAAAUUCGAGGCGUGCGUCUUGAUGGUUAAUUUCGUCUGAAAUAUUUCGAUCACUUUUUAUUUGCAAUUAAGGAGCUUUUACGAUCUUCGAAUUGAAGGAAACCUCUAGAUAAUAGAAUACUUGGUCAAGAAACGACCAAAGAAAACAUAAGUACAUCUAGAUUAAGAAGCGAUAUACAUAUAGUGUUCGGAAGAAUGAUUUGUAAAAGAGUCAAGGACCUCUAAACAAUAACAAAUCAUUCAUCUUGCUCGUACGCCACAGGAGACUACAUUAUCAAUGUCUUGGUGGUGAACUCGAGACGUUACUGAACGAGAAAGAUUCAGAAACAAACGCGAGAAAGAACUGAUGAGGGAGGACUUAGUUCCAGGGGAUGAGGGAAAAUCACCUUGUUCCUCCUUCCAUCAGAUACUGGAACGAACUACCCUCAUCUUGUCAGCCUGUGAAAACUUAAAUAAUUUUGUCUAACAACAUCAAAAAGUCAAGGGAUGUCAAAGGACAAAAUGUAGCAAUUGGGCUACUUAAGGGGUGGGAGAGGGUGGGUAUACAGGGAUCAAGCUACUUUGCGGUUUACUUGGAAAGUAUACACUGACUGUGAAAAGAAACUUAAUCCGAUUUGCAUGGAAAUCUAAUUUAGCUGACUGGAAGAAAAAGCUUAUAAUUAUCUUUGAAAUUAUGGUCUGAAUGACCACCACUAAACAAAUGGUCUCCUAGACUUUGGGGUGGCUAAUGUAAGUCACAUUUGUUUGAUUUAAACGAAAAUGUACAGUAAUAAUUCUUUGCUGUAUUCGCUGUUGAGGGAAUAACAGUUAAAUCAGCCUAGGUAUUUUUUCAGGAUGAAAGGAAAAGUGUGCACAUCUAAUUUGAAACAAUUUGCUUAUUACAAGUUAAUUACAUCUGGAAACGUUGGGCUGCUGUUUCUUUUCUAAGGAGCCAUUGAGAGAAAAUUGUCUUGCUUUAAAUGCCAUGAUUUUCACAAUGUAACAAAAAAUACAACAGUACUGUCGCGGCUUCCUGGGGCUUAUCAGUGCAGUGCUGAGACUAGGUUGGAGGUUUGGCUUGAUCUUGUUGAGCACUCUAACUAGGGUGUACCAUUGCCGCUGGCCUUUGUACAAUAAGCUGACUAAUUCGCUAGUUUGAGCACUCUUGGCAUGGUAUUGAUGAUACCACAAGUGUGGGAUCAUCAGAGGUGACUGGCUGUCUAGCCAAACCUCCACCUUAGUUUCGGCACUGCACUGACGAGGCCCAGAAGGCCGAAACAGUACUGUCUACAGUUUUAUCUAAAGAUGUAGAUUUUUUAUAAUGGUUUAGUUUUUGACUGUGUUAUUAGGAGUUUAACUCCUGGGUUUAGUGGCGCUAAUGUGUAAGGAUUGGACAAAAUAUAUUUUCUUUUUUGAAAUCACUAUAUGAAUUAAAUGCAUAUUUUUUUCCUUUGAUGAUUUUAGCGAUUAGUUUUGAUAUCCUUAAUUUUCAGUUUUUGUCACUGUUGUAAGAUACAAUUUCGAAGCAGCUGUGUUUCUGCAAACCAGGCUUCAAA